AUGAGCUCCACGAGCGGGGCUUCAGCUGCCCGACCGCCCGCAAAGCAGAUACGCUUUGUCAACAAUGAAGGCCAGCCGCCGGCCAAAAGGCGGAGGAUAAAUGCUGCAUGUCGAACAUGCCGAAAGAGAAAGACGAGAUGCGAUGGCAAGCGGCCCCUAUGCUCGACGUGUACGGAUAACGGACAUCAAUGCCUUGGGUACGCGGAACCAGCUGAGGGCAAGAGGGAACGCAAGGGAUCAGAUGCGAAUGCAGACGGGGAGGAUGACCUUGAUGAAUACGACGAAGAGAAGGCUGCCGAGACCCCCGGCCAGCUGGAUAAUAAUGGAUAUAAGUCUGGCUCGAAAAGUUCCACGAAACUUCGUCGGACGGAACCACGGUCAGGUUUCGACAAUGCGCUCAAGGAUGGAAGGGCUGCGGCCAACGAGAAGGCAGCGAGUGGAAACCUGGGCAACUACAAAGAUACGGCUGUCUUUUCAGAUGAGGAGCCAAGCCCAUUAAACCCAUCACCUGCUCCCCUCCACACCGGCAGUCUUCGGGUGCCUUAUUUCAGGUACUUCGGUCCAACGGCCAUCGUCCCUGGGUUUAAACAGAUGGUAGUGUCGGUUCGAGAGCAUCGCCGAAGCACCGAUGCUGCGUCUUCUGUUGCGAUGUCUCCCAAAUCUGGUUCUGGUGGAUCGGUAUUCUGUGGAACUCCUUCACAAGCGGGGACUGAGCCACGUUCGACGGUUGAUAUGCCAAUAUAUGAUCAGAACGACCCAUUACCUGUCAACAGGCUAAUCAUUCAUCUUGUGGAGACUUUCUUUACGCACCUAGGAUGUAACUAUCCUUUUCUGCAACAAGCCGUGUUCACCCAAAGGGUCGAGGAGCGGUCGGUUGAGGCUAUUCUGGUAGACGCAGUUUGCGCUCUGGCUGCCCGCUUCUCCGACCAUCCACUUCUCACCACUGGUCGUGAUCCACAUUAUUCCAAAUCCGAAUACGGUCAAGUAUUUGCUCAGCGAGCAAGGGCAGCCGUCGUGGAUACUUUCCCUUGCCCUACUGUUGCUGCUGUUCAGGCGUGCUUACUGCUUGCAUAUGAAAGUUUUGGGUCAAAUCAAGACAGCGCAUUGUGGAUGUACCUGGGCUGCGCAAUUCGUAUGGCAGUGGAUCUCGGCCUCCAAAAGCUUGAUGGCGUCAAGCAUCAAGGUCAAAAAGACCCAGGAUAUCACGGAUCGAGCAUGGAUAGUGAUCCCUCUGAUACAUUAAGUGCUGUCAGCGCAGAAGAAAAAAUGAAAAUCGAACAAGAGCGUAUUGACACUCUCUGGACAGUGUUCAUGCUUGAUAGAGUCAUCUCAUCUGGAACUGGUAGAUCUGUUACCCUGAGAGAUGAAGACUUUGAACUUGCCUUCCCUGCUAUAACGGCUAGUGCAAAUGAUGGCUGGCCUAAGCCGUUUCCGGCAUUGAUACAGAUUAUCCAUCUCUACGGGAGAGUUUCAGACUUGCUGAACAAUAUCAGAGAUGUUAAAGAUGUUACGCCGAAAAGGAUUGAAGGUCUUUCGGGUAUGGAGAUGGAUUUGACACAGUUGUAUCAGCGGCUUGAUCCAAGGCUGAACUUCAACGCGGCGAAUUUUCAGCAUUAUGUGAAGUCUGGAGAAGGGACAAAUUUCAUCUUGGUCCACUUCUGGUUUCACACACUUAUUAUGCUUCUUCAUCAACCGACAUUGAUGCAUUCAUUCGAAGGGCAGAUCUUGCAGUUGCUUCCCAAUAGCCGUGAGCUUAGCAUGUCGUCAGCCAAGACGAUUGCUGAUAUUCUGGCUUUCGCCGAGCUGAUCGACCCGCGAAGCUUCAUUGGCAACCCUUUCACGAGCCAACCUAUAUAUAUUGCAGCAUGUGCUUUUUUGAUGGAAUCGGCAGCUCAUACGACUUCACAUCCUACGUCCCAGGACGGAAGUCCAGCGAAGGACAAGCCAAAUGGAAACAGAUCGCGGGACCAGAAGCAAAAGCACUCGUUACUUGCCGCAGCUGCAACUCAAAACUACCAAUGUUGUUAUAAAGCUCUCCAGCAGCUUGAGACAUAUUGGGGCGGGACUAGAUAUAUCCUGGUAGCGCUCGACCAAAAGGCGAAGGGUGUCUGGGAUCCCGAAACAUAUACCGAACAGGAGUAUGAAAGUACUAAAAUCAAGCACGAUAUGAUUCCGAACUGGAGACGCAAACUAUCGCUAGCAGCAGCACCUUCACCAGGCAGCAGACUCGGAGAUCUUGUCCGUUCACCAAGACUGGAUGCUCGAUCUCCUUCUAUUGACCCAUUACAGGCCAUCGGAUGGUCUCUGACGGGAACAACCGACUCGACGAGCUCGAAUCUUACCCUUAUGUAUCAAAAUAUGAGUGGAGAUCAAUUUCUGAAUCCCCCGCCCCCUCCGCCCGGCGCUGGGAAUAUGAUCUAUGACCCUAUCAGGCAGAGUCUACCCGAAUCUACUCCAGGAUCUACCUCGACUUUCAAUUAUCAGGCGAGGUACCAACCUUUUCCACAGUUUCAGCGUCGGUCUUCCCAAUCGAUGCCUCCACCUGUAUCUAGAUAUACACCACUGUCGGCUGAUCCUGCCACAACAUCUGACGCCGAAAUGCUUCUGGGCCUCCAAAACUCACCAUUUGCCCAGACGCCUAGCUCUCAUCACUCAUUCGAUCCCUUACAGGGUAUGGCUUCACCAUCCGCAUCUCGGCAGGGCCACACGAGUAGCUCUUUCGAUUUUCCACACAAUGCGAACAUGUAUCCUGGCGCGUCUAAUUCUUAUAUGGGAUUUGGAGGAGUCACCGAUAUGAUGAUGCAGAGUCAAGAAAUUGAUAUGUCGGCAUUGGGCGAUGACAUGAUUCCCUGGCUUGAAUAUUUACCCCAGGAAUAUUUUGAGAGUGGAAAUCCUACCGGUAUUUCUGCAAGCGGACAAAUAGACGACAACGGCAAUAUGGAUGCGGGGACGGAUGGUGGCUGA